ACACGUAUUUCCAUCUUUCCCUGAUUUUUUUGGUUACUUCGUGGCAUCUGUUGUUGUUCUUCUUGUUGUUAUGUGCAAUUUACACUGAGCUGUUUCUUCUAGUUUUGGCUGCCCGUGGUUGGUUAUUAAGAAUUCCUCGCAGAUCAAAUUAUCGCAGCAUGGGGAUGGCAGAUCCGUGGGGGACUGGGGAAGGAGCUUCUAUCGAAAGCAGCUGCAGUGCUGCGCAGGUGGAAACAAAUCAGCUCUCGUUUGACGACAAUUUUUCUUCCAAAGCUUUUCAGAAACUUCCAGACUCUUCGGAAUAUGUUUCCGUUCUUGAGCGCAAAUUAGCCCGAAUCCAGUGUCGAUCGAGCGGAGCAGCAUCUAAUCCUAACCGGGAGAUUGUGCGUGGACUCAGCGCGCUUCGCGCUGACCGAAUGAGGGAUUUUCUCGGUCCAGCACCAGUGUCCUUGUCACCGAUAGUCACCAGCAGUGAUGCUAUCAGUGGUGGCGAAUCGGGCGAUAAUGAAAUACCUGAUAAUAACGAUCCUGUUUAUGCCUCUUGGAUGAUGCAGCGUCUUUUUCCCGAUCGGCAGGCCCUAUCUGCGGAAGAACUCGCAGAGUUACUGCGUUUCGACACACUAGCCCUGCAGCAUGAACGAAGCGUUCAAGAAGUAGAGAAUACCACAACUACAGCCGCUGACCAGUCGACGUUGGAGGACACCGAUAAUCCCCACAAUGUUUCCUAGUGGUAUCGUAACUCAGUUACGCCUGUUACGGUAACGGCAUAACAAUCGUAAACGUGUAAUGUGGUCGCCUUUGCUGGUCAUUAUUUCAGAGUUCAUCGAAUAAACUUUAUUUGUACAACUCUCUCAAUGUGAUUUGUUUCUGUUCUUCGUUCUGAUUUCCGCAAUAUGGUGAAAUGUUCUCAGGAUGUUAAUUUUGCCGCGUGGAUAGAAGCAAGUAUUUAAUUGUUCUUUUUGUGUCAGUUAAUGUACUUGUAGAAGUGGCGAUAAAUAGGGUUGUUCUAUGCACUUAUUCAAUUCUGAUGUUUCAAAUUUUGAUUUAGCGUUUCUUGCGAUGUGAGCAAAUCAUCCAAUCGGUUUUUUCUGAAGGACACUGUUCCAGCAAAAUUACAGUCUAAAACUGUGCUGUGUAGCGAUUCCCAUGCCAAGUUAUGAACAAAGAACAGAAGCGUUUAAAAAAA